CGCCUAGCCAUAAUGAGAGUAGCCAGCGGCUACGCUGACACCUCCCACCCAUAUGGAAGAGGAGAAAAUCAAAUUUAGCUCUUUUGAUGGGGGCACUUUCCAAACCUAACAUCUAUAAGAAGGAAAGCAACAUCAGCACAACAACAAAAAGAAAAAGCCCAAACCCAAAGCCAAAAAAAUACCAGCCAGAAAAAAAUGGAGAAGAAGAUGAGCGCAGUAGCAUUCAUUCUGGUGAUUUUCAUAGUAUCAGCCUCUUGGGAUGUUCCUGCUGUUUCAGCCCAAGGCGUCAACUGCAUCGAUAAUUGUGAAACCGGCUGCGUCCAACCCAACCAGAGGCUUCAGGCUCGUUGUAUGCGCAAGUGCCAGAUUAGGUGCGGUCCAGGUAUACCUCCAAUUUUCACUCCCCAAUUUUUAAACAUGACUUUCAUUACUAUCUUGCAGUAGUAGUAUCAAUAUAAUGCAUCCGUCCAAUGAAAAUACAACUGGUCAUCUUGCUAAACUAUUUUAUUUUUUUGGGGACGAAACGGAUAUUAUAUUGGCAUGACUAGUUAUAAGUGAACUUUAAUUUGGUAAAUAAUUUUUAUCGUGGCUCGAAAUUGAUUUGGUACAGAUAUCCGCUGAUGAACACGGUUAAUUUUUUUCUGUAAAUUGCAGAUAGUCGAGCUGCGGAUUUAGCUGGACAUUUCUAACUAAAGAAUUUAUACCACAUCGCAAAUGGGAAGGCAGUGAUGCUUCAAAUGAUCCAUUUAGCACAGCAAAAUUUAAUAAUUAGUACUAUAGUAGUGCAUGUACUACAAUUUGUCCUUGUUAUCACGAAGACUUGAAAUAAAAUCAGACUACUUUUCCAUUUUCACUUCUCAGAGUUCAUGAUUUCUCUGUCCUCUGUUACUCCAUACUUCCAUAAAACAAGGGAUUCUCUGCCACCUUGAUAAUUGGUUGUAGUGGUGAAACUGGCUACUCAUAUUUGGAGGGAUCGAUUAUAUAUUCAUAAUCAAUAUCGAAGGUCGAAUAGAUUUGGAGGGAUUAACUAUAUAUUUAUAAUGAAGGUUGAAUAUAUAUAAUGUAAAGUUAAUCGUGAGUAACCCGGAGGGGAUCGACCCCCGAACCCUUAAGAGUUCCCGCCCCUGAUUGGUUGAAUGUGGUAAGAAAAACGCCCCAGAAUGAAUACCAUACUCGCGAUAGUGUACUAGUUUAAUUUUAGGCGUUUUCUUCGGUACCAAAAAAAAAAAGAAAAGAAAAAAGCCCCAUACAUUAAAUUGAAAGAGGGUCUGCAACUCUGCAUGGAUCAAACACUAAUACUCCAAUGAGAGAUGUCAAAAUGAUGAACGAUUAUGAAAUGUACGGAGUAAUAAAUACAAGGUGAGCAAUUCGGGAUAAUGAGGGUGUGGCCGGCCGGUUACUACGCCGGAUGCUGCCUCAAGCCGCAUGAGGCACACAUGUGGAAGGGGAUCCGAGAAAAUAAAAACUUGCAAUUUUGAAUAAAAUUUUUGGCAAGUUGUAUGGGGCAUUUUCUAGUACUGUAGCAUCUUUAAAAGGGCAAAUUCAUUCGCACAAAUCAAAGAUGAAAAACAGCAUUUAUCAACAAGAAAAACAAAAUGGAGAAGAAGAUGAGGGCUUUGGCGUUCAUACUCGUUCUUUUCAUUGCAACCGUCUACUUUGAUGUUCAGGUUUCGGCCCAGACCCCCGACUGCUAUCAUCAAUGUGACAAUGGCUGUUUCCAUUUCUAUGACUUCGGCGGUAAAUAAAUACUAGGAUGAACACAUUACUUUCUCCAAAUUGUUAAGGGUGUUUCUUUUUCUUCCAAGACAUCAAUGAUUGGAGUAUUGAUGAUUCAUAUUAAGGUGUAUAAUUUGUCCCACAUCGCCACCGUAAAGAGGAGUGCCUCAGUAUAUAAGUGUCAAAUGUCACUCUACUUAUUGCCAGUUGGUUUUGAGAUGAGAGCCCAAAAUACUUAUAUACUCAUUGCCAAUUUUUUUUUUUAACCCUUUUGAAAAAAACAAUUGUUUUCUUCUUUUCAAUUCUUUCAGAGAGGCGUUUUCGUCGUUGUUAUCGCAAGUGCCUCAUAGGUUGCAUGCCAGGUACCUCACCAACCUCGUUUUAUCGUUGCUACAAUUUAUUUUCUUACCAAUUUUACAUAACUUCCAUUUUACUACUUCUAACCUUUUUUUUUUAAAUCCGUCGAUUGUAAUCUCUCCAUAAAAACCUUUUUUUUUUUUAAA